CCUUCGGCGGGCAGUUCUACGGCUAUUCGCUCCUGCCUGCUCUUGCUGCUGCUCCCUCCGCGCGUGGCUACGGUGCGAGGGGCGACGGCGACCGAAGAACCAGUCGGCUCGGCUCGCCCUGGCCGACGGUGCGUGUGUGUUGGUGGUGGUUGCUGUUACGGCGAUGGCAGCCUACGCGUCGUGACUCCCAGCGCGCGCGCGCCUGUGACAGCCCCUCGAGGAAUACGCGUGCAUUGACACUGCCGGAGGAUUGCUCUCGUGUGCGUCGGUGCGUGUUUUGGCAAGUGCGCACUCCGCCGACACCUACGACACCAUGCAUCAAGUCAAGGACGGUCGACUGGUCUCCCGGUGGCACCUCUUCACAGUCCUGGCCGUGCUGCUGGCGGCGCGGUCGAGCAGGAGCACGCCCCUGGAGCCCGAAGGGCGGGAUGUCGUCGAGGGCGAGAGCCUGAGGCUCUCGUGCCACUUCAACCCGGCGCUGGCGAGCCGCAACCUGCUCUACUAUUGGUUCCGCACCAACCGGCACGGCAAGGACAACGCGGCCAUCAGCGGUAGCGCGCUGGACUCGCAUUACAGCGUCGAGUACUACCCGGCCGAGGGACGCUACGACCUGCUCAUCUCGCGCGCCCAGUACGACAAGGACAAUGGCCACUUCGAGUGCAAGCUCAAGGAAGGCGGCAGCGGUGCCGACGUGCACAACGCCGCGUACGAGGUGACCGUGCUCAUCGCGCCGGGGGAGCCGCGCAUCACGCCGUCGAGCCCGACGGCGCGCGAGGCCGAGCCCCUGGCGCUGACGUGCGCCAGCGAGGGCGGCAGCCCAGACCCCGACGUCGAGUGGUUCCGCGGCGACGAGCGGCUGGCGUCGGCGCUGACCCGGGGCGGCGCCCGGGACCGGCCGACGGCCGCGGUGCUGACGCUGACGCCCGGACGCGAGGACGACGGCGCCGAGUUCCGCUGCCGCGUCACCAACCGCGCCAUGCCGCAGGGAAGCGCGUACGAGGCGCGCACCGCCAUCCGCGUCCACUAUGCACCCAAGAUCACGGUCGGCCCCUACAACCCGCUGAAUGUCAUGGUGGGCUCUGAUGCCAUGUUGACCUGCUCUGUGCUGGCCAAUCCUCCGGUGCGGUCUGUGCGGUGGAUGAAGCGAGGCCAGCUGCUGUCAAAUACGUACAACCACACAAUUCCAUCUGUGACUCCUGAAGACAGUGGUGACUAUGCCUGUGUUGCUGACAAUGGAAUCCUGCAACCUUCACAAGCAGAGCUGCAUCUUAGUGUGCUGUAUGGACCCCGUGUGAAUGUGCUACCGGAGCAGGAAGCUGCACAAGGAGAAAAUGUGGCCAUCAAGUGUAAUGUUGCCUCCAACCCCGAGCCACACUCCAUCUUGUGGACCAAGCAAGGAGAUGGUCAGUUCACCCUCCAGGGGGACACACUACGCUUGGACCGUGUCACUGCUGAGGAUGCCGGCACCUACAUAUGCCAGGCCACAGUCAUCAUGCGACCCUCCGCAACUGCCAUCCAUACGGAGGUGGUCGGCAACGACUCGGUUGUGUUGCAUGUGCGACAUAAACCUGGAGAGGCAGAGAUCACUCCUCAAGGCCCCACGGCUGUGGCCGGCCGCCCUUUUGUGCUGACGUGUGGUGCCCGUCCCCCUGGCUGGCCACGUCCCGAGUACCGCUGGUGGCGUGAGGGUCAGGAGCACAUUGACCUUGGCCACCGGUCCAACCACAGCUUCCUCUCGGUGCACAGCAGCCAUGAGGGACGGUAUUUCUGCCAGCCACACAACGGACUGGGAAAGGGAUCCAUUGCAUCAGUCUACCUGGCAGUCAAUGAGGCGGCUACUAUCGUGGUGCCUCUGAGGCCUCAAAUCAUCCGCAAAGCGGGCGACCAGAGCCAGUCAGUUACUUGUCGUGCCCGUGGAAAGCCCAAGCCACAAGUUCACUGGACUCACCGAGACAAGGAACUACAUAUGAACCCCGAGUCUGGCUUUGAAAUCAAGACUAUUGAGAACAUUGAGGACAACGAGGUCUUCUCAGUUCAAAGCACGCUGACAUUUCAGCGGCCUCUCACCCCCGAAGAUAGAGGAAGAUAUGCCUGCCUAUUCGACAAUGGCUUUGGUGGCGCUGCCAAAUCGGAGAUGAUGCUUAGGAUUGAACACCCUCCUCAAGUGAGGCACACCUACAAUCGAGUGGCCUUCGACCCUGGCGACAUGGCUGUGCUGCGUUGCCAGAUGCAGGCCUACCCCGAGCCAACUUUUGAAUGGGUCUUCAAGGGUCGCAUUCUUGAACGCUACGCCAACUAUGCCACUAAUGUGACUGAUGAUGGGGAUGACCUCUACACUGGUGCCUUGUCAGUGGCAGACGUCAAGGAGAGUGACUAUGGCGACUACACCUGCCGUGCCUGGAACCAGGUCGGGGAUGUUCAACGGACAAUACUCAAGCUCGUGAAGAAGAGUGCACCUGACCAACCGGGACGUCUUGUGGCUGUAAGCAGUGACUCUGACAAGGUCACAUUGCAAUGGACAGAAGGAUUCAACGGAGGUUUCAGCAACACAGAAUUUGUUGUCACUUACUCCAAUGUUGCCAGUGGACAGACAAAGAACGAGUCCUGCCGAUCUCACAACCCUUGUACUAUAACUGGUUUGGAGCCGAAGUCCGAGUAUGUAAUGAAGGUUGUGGCGGUUAAUGCAAGGGGAUUCAGCUCGUACUCUGAAGAGAUUACAGUGCAAACAAAGGUUAACCUCAAGGACAUGCCGCGACCACUCUCUGCCCAAUACGAUCAAGAGACGGGCCGUGUGUACUUCACCGUAGAACUGAACACAGAGCGGCUUUUGGCGAGGGUAGAAGGUCGCGCCCGUGGCCAGGAGCAGUGGAUGCCUCUGGCUGAGGUGGAAGUAGACCGUCCCCAGAUUUCUCUGGAAGUUGCCAAUGCCGCCGCCCUCGUGGACAUCCGUGUGCUCCUCUGCCUUCAGAGCAAUGCUUCAUGGUGUGGAGACGAGCGUCUGGCCGAACCUUUCGACGAGUUCUCCAUGACUACGGAGGGCAGUCUACAUCCAGUGGGCGCCCCUGUGACCAUAAAGACCAUGAAUGUUGUUAUCAUCGUUGCUGUGGCGGCAGGGCUGUUCUUCCUCCUUGUGGUUGUGUUUGUGUGCUGCUGCUGGAAGAGAAAAGCCAGCAAAGUAAACAAGAAGGAUUAUGAAUCAGAAGUCCAAAAUGCGAGACCAAAGGUUAUCAGUGGACCUUAUUAUCAUGAAGAUGUGGGCAAGGGGCUGGACACAAACGUCGACGACAUGAGCAAGCACACCAUCUAUGCUGGCAGCAUUGGUAGCUCCCCACACAUGGCCAAUGGACAUGCCGGAAACCAGAUAACAUCCAAUGGUAUGCUUUACGGAUCAGCGGACAUGCUGGAUGGAGUGCACAGUGGCAAUGGCAGUGAUGGUGCUGGCGACCUCUGGGUAAAGGGAGGCCAGGGAGAGAUGUCUACUCCGCCGGAAGCAUCAUACCAGCCCUAUGAUGCCCGCAUGCCGUCUGGUUACUACUACCCAGAUGAUUACCAAGGCCUUAACGAGGACGUCAUGAAUCUCAAGAACAGGGAACAUUUGCACUCCCCCUACUAUGACGUUAGUGGACUUCCAGAUCCCUAUGCCACCAUGGGUGACGAAGACAAGAACCCGCAGAUCUCAUUGUCCUUCGAUGAAAGCCUUGAAUCUGGUUACUCCACUCCAAACUCUAGGAACCGACGCAUUGUGCGGGAAAUAAUCGUGUGAGCAUCCACGCAGCUUGGAGGAUUGUUGUGUUGCAGCUGAGCAUGUGCGGACACACGGGAGUGCCUGCAGAGUUGGCUGUGUGGUCAUUAGCAUCUGGCAGACUCUGACCACAAUGUGCCUGGAAAACAAUAUGGUGUGUGUGCGUGUGUGUGUGCAUGUUGCCGCACGACGAACGAAACUGGCCGUCGGCAGCAGGUGUGCUUCGAGAGUCAAAGCAGAAAGAAUGGAGCCAGCUGUGCUGAGGCAACCCAGUGAUGUUAACGUUUUUAAUGCAUCUAGAAACCAGCUCCUGAGGAUCCUAAGGAUCAGCCUUCACGCUUCAACACCUCCAAGUGGGCAGUGCUAGCAACGGAAACACAAGUGCAAGAACAAUCGGCGGCGGCUCGUGAUGGGGUUUGCCCACUCGCAGCAAGUUCGCAAUUGUUGAGUCUGGGAGAACGGCUACAUCUAGUGUCUUCAAUGCAUGUAGAAAUCGGCUCGUAAGGAUCACGCUUCAACACUUUCAAGUGUCCAGUGCCAGGGACAGAAACACAAGUGCAAGAACAUUUGGCGGCAGCUCGUGAUGGGCUUAGCCCAUUUGCAACAAGUUCGCAAUUGUUGAGUCUGACAGAACAGCCACAUCCGUGCUGUCACGAACACAUUUUUGGUGCAAGAGGCAACGUGCACCGCACAGUGGCUGCAAGAAACUGGCGUUAAAGCUCUGGCAGUGCCUCUUUUGCUCCUUGUGUUUUUGCUCAAAGUGAGUGUUAUUCGUGCCCUGGGUGUCAACCUUGUUUUCUAGUUGCUUGACCUUCAUUGACAUGUUUUUAUUAUGCCAUUUAGGGUGCUGCAUCAGGAGAGAUAUGCCACCAUAGUGCUUGUGCAAGACAUUUUUAUGGGGGCCAAACUUCUUGCCACUUGGCUCUUGUUGGCUUGCGCUGGAUGUUCUUUUUAACAAAGGUAGAAAGAUUGUUACUACACUCAUGCUCAGUGAAAGCACACGAUACUCUUGAGUAGCUCAAGCUGUUAACAUUUUUAUUUUAACUUGAAAGUAAUCACUGAAAGGCCAUGAUCUGACAUCAUCUUGCUUACCGUAGUCAUCUUCAUUCUGCAGUUGUUUUUUAAUCGAUGCAGCAAAAGCAUAGUAUUUACCAAUUAUUUGUUAUUGUAAAGAAAAGUGAGCUUGGUGUUAAGGCUACUACUUCAUUAUACUUGCCGAACUGUGCCUUGAAUGAUGGUUUGCAGUAGCAUUUACGCUUUAGCUGGUGCUCCUUUACUUGCUACUGGAACACUUUCAUCUGUUGUGUUCCUGUUCAUUCAUAGCUGGCAAGGUGCACGAAUCUUGCUUCAUCUGGUUCAUUUAUUCGGUCAUCAUCACAGGACUAACACUAGCAUCAGUUUUCAAAUCUUGAAGUGUGCUACGCAGUUAGAUUGUGUACAUUUAUUAAAGGCCAUGAGUAACAGAGUGACGUACAUGCAUUGUACAGGUUGGGCUGUCAGUUGUUCUCAUUCUUGACCGUGGCACACUGUCUAUCCACGAUGUCAUCUCGCCUAUGAAACCAACUAGCUUCAGUUACGAGAGUCUAGUUAGCAAGAAGUAGUUUUCAGUAGUCGCACCUUCACCAGCUGUAUCAUUUGGUGAGCAAUGUGGUCUUGACUUACUAACUACUCAAAUUUAAGUGGUAAAUUGCCCAUGAGAGAAGCGACUGUUUUCACUUCAAAUGACAUUGGCCUCUAGUAACAAAUGGUGUGCUCAGUCCGACUUGGUUUUCUUAUUGUUUUCUUCUUUUUUGACUGAGGCGACUGUGUUAGGUAGUAAAAAUUUCUGCUUGCCAUCACAAGUACUCUUCUGCCUGAAAUAACGCCCCAUUCUGCCUUAUUCAAACAGCUGCUCUUUUGUCAUAAGCUUUGCUUCACAAUUUGCAGUACCAUCAUGACUACGCAGGCAUAUUGAGCUUAUAGUGGUUGGUACUGACAGUCAUAGCCAUUUCCUGCAAACAAAUGCCUCAUUCUGUUCAUGUUAGUGACAAGUUAAUUACCUGUUGCAGAAGACUGCAGCAAAACUCUAGGGGAAAAGAUCUCAAAGUGCACAUGGUUGUCUAGUGCACAAGGUUCUAAGUGAAUCUUUAUGAACUUGCCAGACUUGCCUAUAAAUCUUGCCCAAUACCUUGUUUUGCACAGGAGAGAUCCUUCGUGCUGCACAUGAAAAAAUAUGCCUGCUCGUGCUGUCCUUGUUAGGGACAGAAAAUUGCGUCAUUAGUAUAUAAAAUGUUUAUUUCCUGAUCUGUGGCCCUUCUGUGUGCCUAAUUUAUCAGUGUGUUCUUGGUAGUUCCUUGCAAUAUUGAUUGAGAACAUGCACAAGAACUGGUAAACUACUUAAAGUCCUGUCGCAGUUGAGAUUGUGCUCAUUUCAUUUUGUUUCUUUUGAUGGCCUACCUUCAAUAAUGUUGAGACACAUAUAGGUACUACUGGUCACAAUUUGGACAGCACCAAGGUAAUAAUGACGGUCUUGUUCAUCUCAUUCUAAUGCGGGCUCUACUUCAAAGCUGUUGCAUGUUCAAAUGCCGUCAGGGUAUUUCAGUACUCAUCUAACAUUGGUGUACAGAGCUUCAGCAGUACCACCUAGUACUAUAUAAUGUUUCGCGCUCCAAUGCUGUUGCCAUGUGGUUAUGCUCUUUUUCUCUGGUGCUGUUCGGUUUCUUAGUAGUGUUCAAAUCCUUGUCAGCUGUAGAUCACGGUGGCACUAGCCAUUUGAAAGGCUCUGCUAUUGCUAUUACUUUUUCUUUUUGUGUGUGCAGUUUUGUACAUAAUUGUUCUUUUUUUUUGCAGUUAUUUUUUUCUCGUCAUUUUAACCAACUCAUGGGGGGAUGCGUCACUGUUUUUACGUGUCUACUUUUACAGUUUUGAUCUUUACUCUGUGUCUCUCAUCAUUGCCCGUGCAUAAGGUACAAAAUGGGUAUAUUGGGGAGCAUCUCAUAAGAAAAGCACUUAUUGAAAAAAUAAAAAGUGCAAAGACAUUUAUUUCUGUGGUCACCUGCGUCACCUUCAGACCAUAAUGAACUACUUAAACAGAAACAGAACCAGUACAGUUCAUUGUAAAAAGGACAUAAUGAGACUUUGAGAAAUAGUGAUGCCUGCAUCCACCUGUUUUACUCUAUAGACAGCUUACAUAGUGAGGCAUGUUCGCUUUGUCCCUGCCUUAUACAAUUUGCAUAGUUAACUUUUAUUUGCUAGGUGUGCUUGGGGCAUACAUUUAAAAAUUUGAGAAAGGUUUAAUAAACAUUUGUGAAAAUUUAUAUCACAGGUGUACUGAAAGGGUUUAGUUUAUAUCACUGCAUGGUGUUGCAUUGGCUUUAUUUUUGUCAAUUGGUGACGACUAUCGGCAGUAAUGAAACAUUUUUGCCAUGUGAUUUAUGCAGAAAAGUAUUGUGCUAAGGUCUAGCUUAGAACUUUUGUUUAUAGCACUUUCACAGUGAGUGAUACACCCAACUUAAAAUUAAAUUAUGUGGUUUUACGUGCCAAAACCACUUUCUGAUUAUGAGGCACGCCGUAGUGGAGGACUCCGGAAAUUUCGACCACCUGGGGUUCUUUAACGUGCACCUAAAUCUAAGUACACGGGUGUUUUCGCAUUUCGCCCCCAUCGAAAUGCGGCCGCCGUGGCCGGGAUUCGAUCCCGCGACCUCGUGCUCAGCAGCCUAACACCAUAGCCACUGAGCAACCACGGCGGGUUACACCCAACUUGUUCAUGGUGAAUUUAUGAGAGGUUUGGAGGAAUUCUCUAGGUACUCGGACAUUUGAUUUAAAUUGGUAAUAUAUUGACUUGUGAAGCCACAAAAAAUGUGAAAAAGCUCAAAUUUUGAGUUCUUGAGUCUUACAGUACAGAUACUCUUUGAUAUACACGUGGCAGCAGGAGAACCACAGUACUCUUUUCAACCGUCACCUUUUAUGUAUAAUUUUAUAAUGUAAUUCAUUUCUUGCCACCAAAUGAAGUGCAUAAACUUGUUGCUUUCAGAACUCAAAUGUGGAAUGCUGCAGUGCCUUACAAUAUUUAAGCUGUGCAUCUCUUCUUGUUUUUGUGAAUGCAUGGACAAUGCAUGGACAGGCAGAGCAGUCUGUACUAGAGUGCCUUUGUUCCUCGCCGCAGUUGUGAUGUUUGCACAACACAAUGUAUUUCACUGUAAAUAAACAUGUCAUGCUUUGUGAAGCUCAA